AAGUUUUGCACAACGUUGGGCCUUUUUAAGUUGUGACUGAAUGGGCUGGCGUUUUGUUUUAUUUUGAACUAUGUGUGUUUUCAUUUUAAAGAAAUAUGAUCUUAUUCGAUUCUUUUCUUAACUUAUAUUGUUUUGCUUAGGUAGAUCAGUCGGAUUAUGUUUUUUUAGUCUUUUUAAUAUGGAUUAUUUUUCAACACAACACUGGAUGUUUUCACGGGCCGUGCUCUUUUAAUGAUAUAACUGGGGCAUAUUAAUGGAUAGAUUCAUCCGGACACCCACUGGAAAAAUUUAAAGACUAUUCAAAAAUAACCAUUUAAACAGCUCGGUCAAUGUGUAGUGUGAAAUAUAAAUUAUGAAUUUAAAAUCGUGACAUCAAAAGGUUAUUUUUAUAUUUAAAGAAUAUUUAAGACAAACGGAUAUAAACCAUAAUAUGCUUAAUUGAUAUUAACAUCUGAUCUUAACAAUCUUGCCCUUUGUGACUUUCAAAGAAGAACGAUACUUUUACAAAUUUAUGGAUAUUCAUACUUUGAACAUUAAUAUCUAAUCUACUUUUAAAAAAAAGGAAAACAAUUAAUUAAUAUAAGUUUGAAAAUGGUCGUCUUAUCUUUUUAAAUAUAAACAAAACGGGAGUUAUUUGUUCGGUCGAUGUGUACGAUGUACAUAUAAUUCAGAUAGACUAGAUAAAUAAAUAAAAACUAAUAUAACCUAUAUUGGAUGUAUACUAUAUAUACAUACAAGCGUUAUUAAUAUAGCUAGAAAGUGAAUUUAAUAUAUAAACGUUAUUGUUAAUCACAACAAAAUAUACAGAACAAGCCCAUAAUCGAUAUACUAAUUUAAUACUAUGAUUCGCCAUAGACGAGAGGGUGUAAGACAGGUUAAUUUGAAUUUAUGCGCGAAUAACAAGUCCUAGUUUGUUGUGUAUUAGAAGCAUUGGCUCACUGGAUGUGUGUGCCUUACUUUUGCGAUUAACUAGUACUUCAAACGAUGUAAGAGGAAUUCACAGAUUCAUAUGGUCAACAUAUGCUGUUGUUAGAUUGUUGAUUUUAAGCAGAUUUUAAACACUGGAUAGACAUUUUCGAAGCUAUCGUUUUUGCAGCAGUCAUAUAUAUUAUUAGGGUAUUAAAUGAAGUUACUACACGAGUUCAUUUCCGCAACAACAGAGGUCAACUUUUCUGAUUUUGUGGAUUAAAAACAAAAAUCAGUUCCUAAUUUAGUGUUUAAAGGAAUUGUUAAGAGGAAUAACAAGUGUCAUCAUUACCAUCUUCGUCAUCAGAGGAAAUUUAAAUACAGGUUGAGAAAAUGUUUACAUGCUGUUGUUGUGUAGAAGAUGAUGAAGCCAAAGUACCUAUUUUGAAAUCUGAACAACCCGAUUUGAAAAAUGAAAAUGUCGUAAAUAGUGCUCCGAAGGGAGGAGAAUUUCACGAGAAAUUAAUUAUGGAGAAAAAUGUUAAGGAAAGUGUCGAUAUAGUCGAAAAGAAACACCCAAAAACAAUAACUAGAACACUUUCAGUAAUUGCUGCAGACCAUGCCAAAGAAGAAGAAAAGAAGAAGAAGAAGGAACAAGUCGAAGUGGCUAAAGAAACUGUUCCUGUAAAGAUUACGGAUAAUGCGAAGAACAUAACGGAAAAUGUCGAAGUGGUCGAAGCAGGACUGAAUGCUAAAGCAGUGCCUGUAGCGCAUAACGAUCUUGAGGAAAUUCCAGAUAGUGAAGAAGUGAAAGAGUUUUUAGAACAUCGAGCAUUUCCCACUGCUAUCCUUGAAGAUGGUGUGGAGAUCGUUCCGGAUGAGGAUGAAUUGAAGAAGAAGGAACAGGACAUGGCAGCUCUGCAUAAACAAGGUUCUUUAUCUCAAUCGGAGAUAAAUGAUUUGUAUUAUAGAGCCGAGUUUGAAUGUAUGGAUCUGGCUAAAGAUAAUCGACUCUGUUACUCAGAAUUCGUCAAACUACUUGUGGGUUUAGGAUACCAUCUAGGCGUUGAGGGUGCUAAGAAUGUAUGGAAGGAAUGUGGUAAAUAUGAUUCAUCAUUUAUGACAAUAGAUGAAUACAUCAGAUUAAUGAUCAAAGAUAAGGAAUUAGAAAAUGCGACCAGUAGCUGUAGGAGUGUCUUCGCUGCCUUUGACUGGGAUUCCAGUGGAUGGGCCUCUAAGGAUGACAUCAUCAAAGGACUCGAGACAGUCUUGGGGAUUACUGUGACCCCUGCAUUAGAGAAGAAAAUCCAAGAGAUGGACUCAAAUAAAGACGGAUGUAUCUAUUACGGGGAUUAUUUAAAAAUGCAACUAAAAGGAUUUAAAUGAGAAUGGAGGAAAUUAAUUUUUUUAAAGUAGUCAAAUCUCUUUGAUUUUAGUCAAAAUGGUGUUGAAUUGGGCCGAUUGUCAUUAGUAACCGGAUAAGCUCUAUACGAAAGAUUAAGCGGAAGUCGAUUUAUUUACUAAUUUUAGUUUCAUUUCUGAUGCAAAGAGUUGUCAUAUGAAUCGGUUAUAUGUCUCAACAUUACCUUUAUCUACAGACGCAAAACAUUGGACAAAGGCAGUGUAUCAUCACACUAAACAGGCAAUGCAUAAAGUCCAGAAUCAAAUGACAAUUGUAUUUUUGACCCAAAUCCAUUGAGAUUUAAUUCUUUUAUUUCAUUAGGAACAUUUUGUACAAAAAAACCCCACAAAACCACAAAAGAAAACCCAGCCCAGUAAUAAAACAUUAGAGUUCAUGCGUUUUAAAGUCUCUGCGUUAUUCUUCAAUUUUUUGUUUCUAAUUGUUGUGUGCUUUUUAAGGCCAACCUACGUGGUGCGAUUUUUCGUCACUUUGAUUGAUACUGUAUGUAUGUCACCCGGGGAAAAAGAAUCAGGGUGUUGUAUUUCCUUUGAAGACCACAUGAUCUUACUGACUAAUCAAAUUAUCUGUAUUGGUAUACGACGCUUCAUUAUGUAGUGGAUUAUGAGAAUUUUAAAACCAAUUUGCCUCUAACGAAAUGUAAUGCAAUUUUAACUUCUUCCGUAAUCUUACAUUUACAAGAAAGAAUUCGAUCAAUAAUCGCAUGGUUUCAGUUGGCCUUUAUGCAGAGGCUUGCGUGAUUUUUCUGUUUUAUUUCCGAAAGAAUACUCAUUUUAAAAAAUUUGAGGCAUAUUUGUUUUUAUUUUCAUGGUGUAUUUAUCAAAUUAUUUGCAAAUUGAAUAUUGUUGUUGAUGUCUAUGGGUUUCGCUGGCCGUUGGUUCUUUUAAUCUGCUUUGUAGAUUUUAUUUUAUUUUAUUUCUUUGAAUGUUGGCUUCGUUGAAGGUAUUGUUCCUGAUUUCUAUAAUAACUAGUACUUCCAAACAUGUAUUCAGAUAUCGCUCUAUCUGAUAUAAAUUCGUUUUUCCUUAAUGUCUGGCAAAUUUUAUCAUUUUCUUAUUUGUGUACUGUAAACGGCCAAUGAAAACAUAGCUCAAUUCACACCAAGACGUUCUUAAACACACUGGCGUUUUCUACCCAAAACCGAAAUAGAUUUCUCCAGACGUCAGUAUGCCUCAUUUUAUUUUUAAUGUUCUACUACAGCAACAAUAUUAGAAUGAAAAUAUAAUUUAAUUUUAAUUACAUGAUAUACAUUGACAUAUCUAAUAUGUAUUGUAGACGUAUGAGGGGUUUAAAAAGUACAUCAUUAGCUGAUUUAAACAUAUUUUAUUACUUUAAAUUAAAGGGGUCGGACAAACAGUUACUCAAACUUACAAAGAGACCUCUACAAUACAAUAUAAAUUAAUAUAAUUGUCGUAGGUGGUCAAUGAAACAAAGUCAAUAAACAUGGCAGAUAUUAAUACAUGUAAACAAUAAUUAACAAAACAGACAUAUGUACACAAGAUCAGUGUAUUUAAACUAUGGACUAGGGAGAAUACCUCGGGAUUACAUUAGUCAUUAGUUAAUCAACGUAUUUAAUUACAUGUAUUUAGUUAUUCUUUAUUUGAAUUGUGUAUAAAUAUAUUAUUAUAUCUAGUAGAAAUCCUUUGAUAUUUAUAAUUAUGUUUUUUUUUAUCUCUUUAAUAAACUUGACUUGAAAAUGGACAUAUUUAUAGUCAUUAUAACAGUAUAUAGAUUUUACAGUGUUUAUCUCAAUAACAUUGUGUAAAUUUGACGAUCUUAGCUAUAUUUUAAUACUUUGUAAAUAUGAUCAACUUAUAUUUAUAACAAUACUACGUAUGCAUGUAGAUUUGAUGAUCUUAGUUACAUUAAUAAUACUGUGUAGAUGUGAUGAUCUUAGCUACAUUAUUAAUAAUAUGAUGAUCUUAGCUACAUGUAUUUAUAAUACUGUGUAGAUACGGUGAUCUUAGCUACAUGCAUUAAUAAUGUAGAUAUGAUGAUCUUAGCUACAUGUAUUAAUAAUACUGUGUACAUGAAGAUAUAAUGAUCGUAGCUAUAUAUUUAUAAUACUGUGUAGAUGUGAUGAUCUUAGCUAAUGUGUAGAUAUGGUGAUCGUAGCUACAAUAAUAAUACUGUGUAGAUAUGGUGAUUUUAGAUACAUGUAUCGAUAAUGCUGUGUAGAUAUGAUGAUCAUAGCUACAUUAAUAAUACUGUGUAGAUAUGAUGAUCUUAGCUACGUGUAUUAAAAAUAAUGUGUAGAUAUAAUGAUAUUAGCUACAUUAAUAAUGCUGUGUAGAUAUGACGAUCUUAGAUACACGUAUUAAUAAUAAUGUGUAGAUAUGGUGAUCUUUUAUAAUACUAUGUACUAGUGUGUAGGUAUGAUGAUCUUAACUAUAUUAAUAACAUUAAUCAUGAUCUUAGCUACAUUAUUAAUAUUGACCUUAGCUAUAAUAUAAAUAUUAAAGUAGAUUUGAUGCUCUUAUAUAGCUAAGGAUUUAUUUUCUAUGUAUUUUUUCACGGGUCGAGGUGCUAAGUUUUAGAAUUACUUUUAUACUCAAUAAGUAUUCAUGUUUAAAGGUUCACUGCCUUAUUCAAUGUUAUCUUGUACUGUUUGUUUUUAUUAUUGUGAGUAGUCGAUUAACAAGGGUUCAAAUAUUUUAUCAACGUUCUAUAUAUAUUUAAAGAUGCAUUAUGUUGAAAUUUUCAAUACAUUCAUUUUCCAUUGUCUAUAUUUGAACUAGUAUAGCAAGAACGUCCCGCUAUUUAUCUAAAUCUUACAUAAUACUAUUACUAUAUUUGUCAUUAUCUAUUUUUAAACUAUUGUAGCAAGACGGAUCUGCUCUUUAUCUAAAUCUUACAUAAUGCAUCUUUAAGGAUCCGAGUUUAAUUCGUUGUGACUAGAAAAGUUUUUUGGUACCAUCUGUCAAAGAUUUGACUUUUUCUCUUAAGAGUAGUUCCAUAAACAGUUAACUGAAUUAGCUUUAGAUAUAGCAUAAUAUAUUAUUUACUAUAAAGCAAUAUUUAAAGCCUACCGUAAAAUUAUAUAAAUUCGUUGGACUUGACAUUGUAUGUCAGAUGUAGCUGCACUUUUGGUAAAGUAGUUCUGUAAUGUCCUCUUUAGAUUUUUUAUUUUCAUAACAUUUUACUGAGGAAAUAUCAUUCUCACCAAGCCAUUAAGUAUGAAUAUUUUUGAAUAAUAUUAUAUUCAAGAUAGCCUCAAAGACUUUGUUAAGUAUCAAAAAUCCCAAAGCUUACCUCCACUAAGCCCCCCCCCACCCCAGACACACCUCCUCUCCCCUUCCCUUCCACUAAGGUAGUUUUAACAAGCGUCCGUUCAACUCCAUGAAAACCAUUACAAAAUGUUUAGGACUGUAAAUUGAAAAUUAAAAUGUCGAAAUCUUACCGAUAGCUCGGAUGAUUUAUCUCAAAUUGUCCACAGAAUCCAAUUUGAACACGGAUGAUGUAAGCUUAGUUAAUUUGCGCUAAAUAGAGAAUUAUUUUUCUUUUACCAAGUGAUAAUAUCUCUCAGAUCUAUUUUUGUUUUCAAUAUACCCUAAGUGCAAUAUAUGCCAUAUGUUAUUUUGUAGUAGUGCUACUUUUCAUCGUUUUGUUGAAAUAUAAACAUGAUAAAUGAAUAAAACUUUGUGAAAUUAUGGGACUGAUAA